UUCCUCUUGGCCUAGAGUCAUUUGACUUUUCUCAUUUGCUCUGCCUCGUUUUCUUUAAAUAGAUGGCAUACAUUGUAACAUUUCAUUCAUCACUUCUCCAUACAACAAAAUAUUAUAAACAAUUUAAAAAUGGCUUCCAAGGCAUUAGUUUUGUUGGGUCUCUUUGCACUUCUUUUCGUCAUCUCAGAAGUUGCCGCGACAUCCGAAGGGCAGUCAUUGAAGUCAGAGAGUGAGGAUACCUUACAACCUGACCAUUCUGGUGGUGGUGGCCAAGGCUACAACGGAGGCGGAGGUUACAACGGAAGGGGAGGUUAUAACGGAGGAGGACACCACGGAGGAGGAGGAUACAAUGGAGGCGGAGGAUACAACGGAGGAGGACACCAUGGAGGAGGAGGCCGUGGAGGAGGUUACUGCCGCCACGGCUGCUGCUACAGAGGUUACCGUGGCUGCUCAAGGUGUUGCUCAUAUGCCGGCGAAGCUGUUCAGACACAGCCUGGCCACUAAAAGUCGAUACUGUAUUCACCACCACCAUAUAUGCAAUUAUGUGUCUUUAUGAGUAUACAUAAAUCAUGGUGGUGUGUUUGUAAUGAUGUAAGUCCCUCAAAUAUAGCAAGGCCAGGAUAGAAUAAGAGGCCAAAUUAUGAGAAUAAAGUUUGAUUAUGUCAUGUCUUUGCGUUUGAGUUGUAAUCUUCGUGUCUGUCAUAAUAAAAUCGUUUGUAGUUUAUGAAA